AUGACCCUUCCAAAAAAUGAUGUCGGUUACGCGAGUGGCUCGCACGCUCUUGCGCACAUCGAAUGUUUGCUGACUGACACAGAAAUGGUUGAGCCAACGAUUUUUUUGUGUGACAAUAUUGUGGCAAACCUGCAAGAGACUUCAGAUGAUCUUUCAGCUCAUUUUUCUGUUGUGGUUGUUGGGACAAAAAAUUUACAUUCAGGACUUAACAGUGCAUUGUUACAAGCCACGGAGAAUAUCAACAGGUUAUUUGAGAACCUAAACAUGAAUCCCUCCCAAUUAAUGGGAAGGUGUAAGGAGGAUGAUAAGAGCUACAGAAUCCGGUACGAUGUGCCAGGGCUAGGCAAGGAGGACGAGAAGAUUAUGGUGGAGGAUGGGAUUCUGACAAUAAAAGGUGAGCACAAGGAAGAGAAAGAAGGGUCAGAUGACGAUGACGAGUCCUGGUCAUCAAUAAGCUAUGGUUACUAUAACAACAACAUUCUGUUGCCUGAAGAUGCCAAGGCUGAUGAGAUUAAAGCUAUAGUGAAAGAUGGUGUUUUGACAAUCACUAUUCCUAAAAGUAAGAGGCCUAAGAAAGAUGUCAAGGAAAUUCAAGUUAUGUGA